AUGACAUCUAUUUUUGAUAGCGCUCUUAAUUUUGUGUAAGAGAGAGAAGAACCUGUAGAUUUUAUAGAUAUUUUCUUUGAUUAUGAGUCUAAGAAAGAGGAUUUAGGUAUUUUUGAUGAUAUUUUAUAGAACAAGCAUUAAGCAAAGAAGCUAAGCCCUUUAAAAUAAAAGAAUUUAAGUAGUUCUUACAUGAAUAAUAGUAAUUCAAAUAGUAUGUCAGCAACUAUAGAUUAUAUUAGCAACAAAUCCUAAAGUUUUAUUAAUUAAUUGCCAAGCAGUAAUAAAAAUUAAAGCACAGGUAGACAAUUAAAAUCCUCUAAGUUAUCUCCUCUUAAACAUGACUUUUAGUCUCCAUAAAGUAGACUUACCAACAGUCUUUCUAUCUAUUAAAAUGGAUCAUAAAGCUUCAAAAAUCUGAAAUAAUCUAUUGAUGCAGUUAAUUCUGUCAAACAAUAGCAAUAAUUCUUCAAUAAGGAGUUUUUAAAUGAGUAUAUAAACAAAGAGCAAUAAAAAUAAUAGCAAAUAUAUGAAAGUUAAGCUUAGUAAAAUGGUGAAAAGGGUGACAUCGAUGAUAUGUAUAAGAAUCCCCUUUUUAAAAAUAAUUUAAAUAGACUACGUUUACAGCAAAUAGAAUUUUAUCCAAGCCCUCCAUAAAAGAGUAAAGUAAAUUCGAAUCACUAAAACCAAAGCAAUCAUUAAACAAGCCAAUUUAAUGAACCAACAUAAAGCUAAAUGCUAUAUGAUAUGUUUGAUUAAAAUCAUCCCUAUUCAUUAAAGCAAGGAAAUAAUUUUUUAAAAGAACACUUUAACUUGUAAAUUAAAAAUGUACCUGAUCCUCGUAAGAAGUGGGUUGUAAGAAAAAUUAACAAAUAACCAGGCAAUAAUACAUAAACUAGCAGUUAACAAAGGGAAGAAAAAAAUACAAAGUUUUCAUAAAACUAAAGUCUGUUCACUAACAACGAAAAUUAAUAACUUUCUACUUAAACUGAUGAGAGUAAUGCCUUUGAGAUGGUGUAAAAGUCUGUUUAAGGCACAAGAGAUUAAAUGAUAAUUAAAUCUUUAAAUCCGUAAUUUCCUAAUAAAAAUAAUUUCUUUCAAACAGGAUUUGAUUUUAAUUAGUAAAACAACGAAAAGAAUGGCUUUAUUAAUCUAAAUAAUCUCAUGAUAUCUAUCAACUCACCAACUUUUUAUUUCAAUUAAGACUAAUUUUUUAAUUAAAAUUUUUCUCCCAAAACAGCACCAAGCUAAUCUCGUAAAGACAAAGCAUUUUAAAUAAAGAAAUUUUAGCCCUAAACGGCAUCAUUAAAUACAAAAUCUGAAUAUAACAAAGCAUUUUUUAAAGAGCCAGUACCUUAAAAUAAUGUCCUUAUGAGGUAAAAGUUAAAUAAAGUAAAAUCAGAUCAUUAUUUUAGUAAGUAAAAGUAAAACUAGCUUUUUGAUGAUAAUAUCAGUAAUAAUAACUAAAAUAUUCAUGAAUCAUCUAAAUUGUAAAUGAAAUUAAAAAAAUAAAAUCUUGCUUCUAAGCUUUUUAAAUAAGAAAACUAAAACAGCCAAAACGAUAUAAAUGGUUUCUUACCCUUUGCUUUAGAAUAAUUAAUAGACAAUAAUCCAAAAGUACUUCCUUUAUAUUGCCUCAAUUUCAGCCGAGCUUUAGAAAAAAGGUUACUUUUAAAUAGUUUAGGAGUUUGA